AUGACUGGCGUUGGAAAUACACUCAAAAGGCAUUAUGAAACUUACCUUCUAGAAUAUGAAUUAGCACAUGAUGAUGUGGAUGGAGAGUGCUGCUUGUUGUGUCACAGUAGUGCAGCUGGGGAUUGGGUGAAUUGUGGCAUAUGUGGCGAGUGGGCCCACUUCGGCUGUGACAGACGGCAAGGUCUUGGCGCAUUUAAGGAUUAUGCAAAAACAGAUGGACUGGAAUAUAUUUGUCCUCAUUGUAGCGUAACAAAUUUCAAGAAGAAACCCUCAGGCGUUGCCAAUGGGUUUUCUCAGGGGUCAACGGCAUCAAAACCCUUUUGAUAUACUUCUGCCUCCCUCCCUCCAUUAACAAGCCUUAGUAGCUCCUUCUCGUGUUGGAAUUAUCUGUAACCAUUAUGUUCUAUAUAGAUUAUAGGAUUUUAGGGGAAAAAUGAGAAUUAGGUCUUAACUCGUAAGCAAUACUGAUUUCAUUAGGAAUAGGCUCCUCCCCUCUCACAUCCCCACCUCCAAUUAUUAUUGUCAUUUUUUAGUCCUUAGGUUUGAAGUUCGCUGUAUCGAACUUCGACGGCUCUUGAAUCCCAUCGAGGGCUCCAAUGAUUAAGGACAUAUGAGGCCUAUGUUGGUGAAUUUGCUGACAUGUUGUAACAUAAUCAUGUAACAAAUGACAAGUCUUCCCUACUUUAUAGCGGACCUGUGCAUAUUUAUUAUUCAGUAUAUCUAUGUUUUGGCA